UUUUGAGAAAUUUUGUUUCAUGCAAUUUUUGUGAAGUUUUACCGAAAUAUAUCAAAUAAUAAUUAUAUUUCCUGUUAAAAUGUACUUUUAUCAACUAAGGUGAUACUUUUUUUAGUAUUCUAUUUAUUUUGAAAGUACUCAUUCAUACGAAACCAUGAUGGAAGAACAUGUAGACGUUGAAGAAGUUAUGAACGAGUUCAUCAUAGAACAACUGGAUCUGGAACCCGAAGAACCAGCUAUGCUUGAUGAGGAAAUCGAAGAACACGAUACAAACGUUUCGAAAAAACGUCGAAAACAAAGUGCUAAAAAAUCCAAUGCCAGUAAUGAAAAACCUACGAAAAACUCGAAGAAGAAGACGACAAAGAAACCAAAAAAAUCUGAAGAUAAACGUUCGAUUAUGAAUAAGAAAAAAUCGUACGUAAAGGCGAAGGUGAAUAAUUCGAUAGUGGUCGUGAAUUGCGAUUCGGAUAACGAAGACGAGUACGUUUGUUACCCGGAGAUUAAUGUUAUAAGCCAGGAAACCCUCGAAGAUUCGAAUGGAGAAAAUAAAGAUCCUUUGGAUUCGGAAUCUGCGUACAACGAAUUUAUCGAUGAAAUCUACGUGAAAAAUGAACAUGAAAAUUUGAUAGCGGAAGACGAAAAAAUGGUAGAAAAUUAUCUGAGUCAAGAAUGCUGCGCUCGUAAAUGCAAUACAAAAUUCAAAUGCGACGAACUUUUACGAUAUCGUAUCGAAUUGCAGACUUUAGAUUAUAACGAAAACGGCGUAAAUCAGUUAGAUUUAGUACUGCUCGGCUUGAUUCACAGCUUGUGCCGAAUUUCCAAUGAAAUAAAACAUUCUCGAACGGUUGAGAUUAAAGAUCGACGACGGGUCAAAAUGAUGUUCGCAUUUCGAGGCGUAUCCGUAUGUCGAGCCAUGUUCAUGUUCGCUCAUGGCAUCAAAAUAGAAAGGCUAAAAAGACUGAUAAAACGCUACAAAGAGAAUGGAAUUUCUCCCAAAGCUCACGGAAACUAUAAACGAGUUCCUGCCAAUGCGAUUAGCAUUGAACAGAUGCGAGAAGUCAUUUCAUUUUUGAAACAAUACGCAGAUGAUCAUGCCGCAGUCGUUAAAGGACGCAGCGCACAUCAGAAUCAAGAUAUCAAGAUUCUACCUCCUCACGAAACCAAAUCUCGAGUUUUCAAUAAAUAUAAACAAAUUUGCGAAAAACAGAAUACUCCUUGUAUUAGCGUCGUCAGCUUCAGGCGUUUAUGGAAUCGUUUUUGUCCGAAUGUUCUGAUUCAACGAUCUAAUUCGGCCAAAGGUCAAAAUUCCACCGAUACUGAAGAAACUACUGAAAUCGUCGUGACCGAGUAAUUUUUCCUGUUUUUAUUCGAAUAUUUGUGCUGAUUUACCACUUUGUUUAUUAUGUAUACUUCGUUUUCGUGGCUGUAUGUAAUUUUUAUUCGUGAAUUGAUAAAUUUCGAAAUAUCGUUUAAGAAACUCUGUGUUUGAUUUAGUCGUUCAAAAGUACAUAUUACGUAUAAUGGACAGUUUUCUGAAAAUCACGCGUAUACUUUUUUUGU